CGCUCUUCUGUGUACAAUAUCAUACGAGACAGCGAUUGCUGCGACUACAUCUUGUGGAGAACGCCGUGAAAAUACGUGUUUUUCCCUGCAAUAUGAUGUUCCACAUUCUUGAUGAACACCAUUCAUUUUGUUGAAAGAAUCAAGGAUCUCAUAGGCAGUGCGAUGCCUCGUUCAAGGUACCAGUCACCAAGUAGGUACUCCAGUCGCCAUCGUCAAAGGAGGAAACAAAGGACUCCAUCUUAUGUCAGAGAUAGGGACGGAGAUGACGGGGAUUUCUAUGCCAAAGAUUACGGGGCUUGCAGAUAUCGCUCUAGGAGCCGAGAAUACUACCGAGAACCUUCACCAUCACCCCAAAGCCGGCACUGCAGAGACUACGACCGUGACAGGGGGCGAGGUAACUACUACGAUAAUCACUUCAGAGAUGACUUCAGGCACGAAAGCUCGCACAGAAAACGCCACAGUAGGAGAUACCGAAGGCCUCGGAGACGCUCAGAUAGCUAUUCAACGAGUCGGCAUAGGGAGGAGGGGCACAGAGCAAGCGUUAUAGAUGACGAUGAGGGUCAUUUGAUCUAUCGACCAGGCGACUGCUUGCAAGCAAGAUAUGCAAUUACCUCCACCUUAGGGGAGGGUACUUUUGGAAAGGUUGUCCAGUGCAGGGAUAACAUGUCUGGGGGUGCUAAAAUAGCACUAAAAAUCAUCAAGAACAUUGAGAAGUACAGGGAAGCUGCUAAACUGGAAAUUAAUGUGUUGGAGAAAAUCAACGAGAAGGAGGGAGUUGGAAAAAGCUUGUGUGUGAAGAUGUAUGACUGGUUUGAUUAUCAUGGACAUGUCUGCAUAUCCUUUGAGAUUCUUGGUCUCAGCAUAUUUGACUUCCUGAAAGACAACAACUACCAGCCUUAUCCUUUAGAUCAAAUUAAGCGCAUGUCCCACCAACUAUGCUCAGCUGUCAAAUUUCUGCAUGAUAUGAAGAUAACUCACACAGAUCUCAAACCAGAGAACAUCCUCUUUGUGGAUUCUCGCUCCUCCAUCAAAUAUGAUCCAGUCAAGAAGCGAGACGUGAGGCAAGUAGUGAAUUGUGACAUCAGGCUGAUUGACUUUGGGUCAGCAACGUUUGACCAUGAACAUCACAGCACUAUUGUUUCAACGAGGCAUUACAGGGCACUGGAGGUCAUCCUAGAGCUUGGUUGGAGUCAGCCAUGCGAUGUAUGGAGUAUUGGGUGCAUCAUAUUUGAGCUGUAUACUGGAUUUACACUGUUUCAGACUCAUGAUAACAGGGAACAUCUUGCCAUGGCCGAGCGAAUACUGGGUAACUUUCCUUCAUGGAUGAUCAAGAGAACAAGAAAGAGCAAGUACUUCUACCAUGACCGUGUGGACUGGAAUCAGGACAACUCAUCUGGUCGCUAUGUCUGUGAGAACUGCCACCCGUUUCGCUACUACCUUGACAGCAAUGCUGAUGAGCACCGCCUUCUCUUUGAUACCAUUGAGGAGAUGUUAGAGUUUGAUCCCUUCAAGCGGGCCACAUUGAGUCAGGUCCUGGAUCACCCUUACUUUGCUGAUAUUCACUAUCGAGGGAAUAGAGACAUGCAUAGUAUCAGCAGGUGACGCUAGGCCCAAACAGAGACUUUAUCUUUUUCUUUUUUCAUAUUUAACUUUACAUAUAUUUUCAUUUCCGAACAUAAAAUGAAACGAUAUACCAUGAUGACAUGUGCAGAGCAUGGUUGCUAAUCACAUAUCAUGGCUGGACUUGCCUGACAUAGCUUCAUUCAGAUGUCUGCCACGGAUACACUUGUGUUAUUCAAGCUUCUAAUUCCCUUUGAUGUUGCAUCAGAUAGGUUUUCUCUACAUCCUCAUCUUGGUAUGAACUUUGAAGUAGAACAUGACAAACCUAAAGCAUCUAUGCUUCCAAAGGAGAGCUAGAAUGUGGGUCAAACACUUGUGUCAAAAGAUCAUUGUUGGACGUAUGGAUGGUUAUGAGGAAAUAAUUGAAGAUUUCCAGUUGUUUGGGGAUGAUAUAUAGCAUGAUUUUUUUUGGUCUCUGAAAUUACUUCUCUCAUAGAAAGAGCUAUUUUUUAAAGACACAUUGCCCUCCGAUCAUUACCUUGAUGCUCAUGCUAGAGUAAUGCUAAUGCCAAGAAGAAAAUCUUUGAGAGAUGAAGCUCUGUUUGGUAAGACUCUAGAGAUGCCCAACUGGUGAGAUUUAGAAUUAUUCCACUCCUUUACUUUACUAUUGUUUUGGCAAACUGACUUGUCUCACUUCUUCUAUUGCUAGCUUUGAUUAUCUGUCCCAUUGAUUUUUGUUUGGUCUUAAUUAUUUUAUUUAUUUAAAAAUAUUACAUGCAAAUAUUCAGUAUUAUGAAACAAAUUAAGGUAAGAGCACUGCAACAGCAUGCCAAAAUGAAUGCAAGCAUGCCAAAUUGGGAAUGCUGCCAAAUAAAUGUGGUGGUUAUUAGACUUGUGUAUUUGAUGAUGAUGAUUAUGAUGAUUAUAAUAGUUAUGAGGAUGACGACUUUGACAAUGACAAUGGUGUUAUUGAGGAUGCUUGUGAUGAUGGCUGUGGUGGUAAUUAAACGUUCAUUAUGCAAGGAUAUCACUUUAGUAGAGUCUCCAGCUAGCUUUUGGGCUACAUGCUUUCUUAAUAUGAUUCAAUCUUUACAUAUUUAUCUGCUCUUAGACUCCCAGAGCUCCUGAUACUGUUGUUGGUGAUGAAAGAACUACAGAUUUCAUUUGUGUUGCACAAUAUUGUGUAACAAUAUCAAUGCUGCCCUCUCAUCAGAUAACAUUGAGAGGAUCACAAAAAUUGUACUCUCAUAAAACAAUAAGCUUACAAUCUAGGAGUAUAUAAACUUUAAAUUCUCUUGAUUGCUUGAAAAGCCUUGUUAGAAUGAUAAUGGUUUAUAUUUGUAUCAUUUAUUUUUUGCAAACAUCAGCUGAAAUCACAGAGAGGGUCAGAAUUCAUCGGCUACAAUUUGGGAAAGUCUACAGAAAGGAGGAAGCAAUUCAUAAUUCAGGUUGAAAUUAUCUAGUUAUUUAUAGUUUGUUGCAUGGUACUAAAUAAUAUUUCUGAGUAUUUUGGCCAGUAUGUUAGUUUUGAAGUCAUUACAUUGGAUUCAGAUUUAAUGCCCCUAACAUGGCUGAAUGUUAGAGGAGUGCAUUUAAUUUUUGUUGUCUUCUGCAAGUAGUGAUCAUGUGAUGUGGAAGAAUGAUCAGAAUUUGGAAACCAGAGAGAUACUACCGUAGCGAAUGAGACAAGUUGUAUUUUAAAGUAGACAUUCAUUUGAUUUCAAAUAUUUAUUUAUUUUGUAUAAUUGCAUAAUGAUAAGGGGCGGUUAUAUUGAACAAGUUUAUCAAAUUUCCUGCAUGGAAACAUUUAAGGUAACGAUUAUUAUCAAUUUUAAAAUGAUAGAAUACCUCCCCACUUUCACAAUUGAAGAGCUCUCCAAACACUGCUGACAUUUGUGAUGUCAUGCACGGGUCCGAAUUUGCAUAAGCAAACAAUGUCCCAUAACAGUGCACACAUUUUCAAUACCUCUAUCAUCAUCUCAUCUUGAGGGGUGAUUUUAUUUGUUAAUUUAGUAUUGUCCGAUACGCUGUUGACCUAAAACUUAUACAAUUGUCACGUGUAAGCUACCUGGUUGAAAGUAAUACAUUAUUGGCCAUAUUUGUGAUUUCCUUUGAAUGUCUACGUUGAAGGUACUAGGUCCCAUUUGCAGCCAUCGUCAAAUUCUGUAGAACUUUGCAGGAAUUAGGAAUAUGUCACGUAUGUCCUAUCUGUGAAAUUUAAACUUCUUAGGUAAUAACAUACCGGUACAGUAAAAUGAGCUUUGCGCAGCACAAAACGUACGACCAUUUGGUACAAGGGCCUGAAAAUCAGAUUAUUACUUAAAUGAUUGCAAUCACUUAAGUUGAUUUGACAACUAAUGCUCUUUAUUUUCCCAUUAAAAGACAUUUUCAAGCACUUUCGUUAUGAGGGAAGUUCUAAAUUAGUAUUAUCCUUCAAAUGCCAUAGGAAUUUAACCUUUUCAUUUUUUGGGCCUGCAGUGUAGUCGUACCUUUAAUGAAGUCGACUUUUAAUUGAUUUUGUACUCGUACUCUUGUCACUUCCACCAUUAUAGGUCUGAUAUUAUACUAUACACUGAUUUUUAGUUCCAAUUUAAUGACAAUUUACAGACUGUAUGAAUGAAUUAAUUUAGCUUCUAAAGAUUGAAUAUGUACUUGAAAUAUAGCAUUACUGUUUUGUUUUUGUUACAGGGUAGAUAUAUGGUAAUUAAAUGAAAAAUGUAUUUAUGGUUCAUUUUUCUGCAACUCAUAACUAUCAAGGACUUGAAUAAGGCAACCACCUGCUCCUAUAUCUGUAUUCCUUACAUGUCCUUUACUUCUGAAAUCAUACAAAUUUCUCUUCUUUGUUAAUAGUGUUGUAUAGAUAUAUUUAUGAAACCUCAUUAUGUAUUGAACAUUAGAUCAGAUCGGCUGUAUUUGUCUGUCUAGGAAACAGAUUAACCAAACAGUUGUAAAACACAAUCUUUUAUUUCUUGCAGAAUUAUCAAGUCAUAUGUGUGCAUGGAUUUUAGUUUUCUCAACUGAUAUUACUUCUACUCAACAGCAUAUACCGUAUCUAAACUAAGUGUUGAAAGCUGGGCAUUUAAUUCUGUCUGCUUCAUAUUGCAAAUGGUAAUUCCAUGAACACGAAAUUACUCCAUUCAAUUUGAAAACGUUCUGGUAGCAAUAUUCUCCUUUUAGUAAACAAAAAUGUGACUAUUUUCUAACUUCUUGUUGACUCUAACAAGACCUUACAUUUUGUGAGAUUUUACAAUUUAUAUUGUAAUAUCCCCCAAUGUAAAAUUGGUAGCACAUAUUUUAUUCUACAAUGAAACAGAUUGUGUGCUCUGCAGCUCGUAACUAAGAAAGUACCUACUCUACAAAAUUUAAGUGGAUAACCCACCAAAUAUAAAGUAAGACAAAAAGGAUUGUUGUUUUCUAACAGUUGUUUUCUUCUGUAUGAAUAUUUUAUGAACAAUAAAUGUGUAUAUUUAUGUCAUGUUA